GAACUAAAGAGGAAGGAGGGACACUGACUGGAAAGAAGGCCCAGAUUCUGAGCCGGCGUCCGUGGUGGCGGGCCCUGCCGGGUCCCCUGCGCCUUCCCGGCCUCCCCAUGGCCUCCUGGCUCCUCGGCUGGCUCCUGUUGCCCUGGACCCUGCGGCUGGCAGGAGGACAGUCAGUGAUCCACACUGGCCUCCCCAUUGUGGUCUCCCUGGCCAACAAGGCUGUCUCCUUCAGCUGCAUAAUCACCUACCCGAACAAAUUCAAAAACGUCACAGUCUGCUACUUUCAUGAAGAUCUCCAGGGCCGGAUGAGCCCUGAGGAGAAGAUAAGCUGCAGACCUGCCCCGAGCACAGGGAACCAGACCUCCACCUUGAAGUGCAAGGUCAACACCACGCUGCAGGACUCAUCAGCCACUGGCAUCUACUACUGCUCUGUCCACUGGCUCGGAUCCACAGUGCGCAGCAAUGGCAUCUUCAUCCUGGUCAGAGACUCGGGGUACCAAGAGCCCCCCUACGGCGCCCAGAAGGCCCUGCUCUUUGGCUUCACCAGCCUCCUGACCGUCCUCAGCGUCCUGGGCACGGCUCUGCUGCUCUGGAGAAAGAAACGGAUGCAGAUCCCAGGGAAGCAGCCCAGCAAGCAGUGCCCAGACCCUAGAUCUGCCGGCUGCCCCAAGCAGCCCCCAGCGGAGUCUGUCUACACGGCCCUGCAGCACCAAGAGACCGAGGUCUACGCGUGCCUGGAGAGUGAGGAUGGUAGCCCGCCCGCCGCCUGGAGCCCGCCCUCCCAGGAGAAACCGUAUAGGUUUGAGGACGACAAUGAACUGAACCUGGUCUAUGAAAACCUCUAGGAUGGCUCGGCUGCCCGCGGACCUACUCCUGGAGCAGGGGCCGGGCCAGCGCCUCCCUCCGAAGGACUUGACCUGUCCCAGGAGUAAGGCCCCAGCGGCCCCCAUCCCUCACCCUGCAUUCAAGGCCCUUCCUGGCCCAUUCGAGGGCCUCUGCCAGCCGCACUCCCCCCACCUGUUUCCUGUCUUUGGCCUUCGCCCAGGCUGUUCCCUCUGCCCCUCCUCGCCUGGUCCAGCCUGCAAAGUGCUACUCAGUCUCCAAGGGCUCACUGGGACGCCACCCAUUCCCAGAGCCCUCCACAACCCCUCCCGCCCGGCAGAGGGGUGCAUGCGGUGCCAGCCUGCGCCAGGAAGGGCCUGUCUGGUGGAGUGGAGAGCAGAGACAGACUGCUCAGCAGGGCCAAAGGCAUGAGGCUCCCAUGGGGGGGAGCAGGGGAUGGCGUGGGAGGCUCGGGCUGUGGGCAAGGAGGAGGAUGAACCUCGCAGAGGUGGGACUAGGCUUAGGGACAGAUCUGGAGGCCAAGAACGCGGCUGGUGGCGGUCAGCAGGCUGGGCGCCAGGAACAGGGAGGGUCUGGGUGCACAUGGGGGAGGAGGAGACCUGGUGUGUUGAGACAGGGCAGAGGGAUGGGGUCCAAAGAGGAGCUGGGCAAGCGGGUCAGCCCCCAUGGGCCUGGCCUCUGCGCUGGCUGUGCCCCUGCUCAUGGCCCUCUGCUCCCUGGGCCUUCCCCACGGGGCCUCGGCUGCCCUUCCUUCCACCAAGCCCAGGCCCCCAAAGUCCCCUCGCCUGGCCAUUCCCAACACCAGCACCUAUGGCCCCUCCAGUCCUCCUCUGUCUCUGCCUUAGGCCCCAUCCUUGUCCCCUGUGGACUAAGGCCCAGCACCCUGAGGCCACCUCUCUCCAGUGUCUAGCUGUGUGGCUGGUGCUCACAGGCAGAGGGUGGGUCCCCCCACAUGGGCCCCUGUGGAGGGCAGCUCCUCAGUGCCUGGCCCUGAGCCAUUUCUGCUGCCCUCACCACCCACCGCCCUCAUCUGCCCUCACAGGACAGCCCUGCAGUGUCACUGCAAACCCAUCCCCAGGCAGCAGGGGUCAGCGUGGCCUGGCUCUCGGCUCUGCUCCCCCAACCCUGCAUCCUUCCCUGCUUUCCCGCUGUUGGUUCAUUUGUGAACUGGGCAGGUGGCUCCCCUCUCCCCACCUCCUGAGCUGCCCCAGAAGUCCCUCUGCUAGGGCGGACCAAGCGUACAUGGGCACACGGGAUGGCCAGUGGCCUUCCGGCUUGGUUCUGGGCCCGGCCUUCAGGUAGGCAGCGAGGAGGGCUCUUAGUGGGAUCACGGGGCUGAGGUGAGGCCCGGCUCUCCAGGAAGCUGGGUUUUAAUGAACCCCAUGCUGCUCAGGAAAGCGAAACUGCUGCGCACGGCUGCUCCCCGGCUCCUGGCUCCAGCAGCCUGGGGUGGGGCCAGGGUUGGGCCGAGGGGCACAGUGCAGUGGCCUCCCCUGGGGAAGCUGAAGCCAGCAAGCCCUGGGCCUCUCUGCCCUCAGCCCCUGGACCCUAGACCCGCUGCUGGGACUCAGCCUUUUCCAGGAGUAGUGAGGGGCCUGGUGGGGACGUCACUGCCAUGCCCUGGCCCCGGCCCCGGCCCCACUGUCUCUUCACAGAGCGGCUGAGGGAUCCGGACAGGACCACGCCUGGCCUUGCACCCCUCCACUUGAUACCUUGCAUGGUUCCCACCACACUUAGAAGAGCUUCCCAGGGGCAGCUGUGGCCUGUGAGCCCCCUUGGGCACUGACCCAUCACCCCUCUGGUAGACAAGACCUCACCAGGUGCUGAGGUCUUCAGUGAGGGAGGAGAGAGGCAGGAAGGAGGAGGAGGGCGCAGGGUGGAAGGCGGGGCCCUAAGAGGGCUGCGACACAAGGGAGGGUAGAGGAAGAAUGUUCUGGGACUCCCAGUGGGCAGCAAAGAAGACUGAGCACUUGUUCCCAGCCCCUUCAGAGACGAGCUGGCACAGGAGCAGAGGGGCUGGAGAGGGCCAUGGCUGUGAGCUCCCGGAGGGCUCUGCAUGGGCGGGGCAGAGAAGGGAGACAACUGCCCUUGGGCCCCAGCUCCACCUCCCGGCAGCAAGUCGCUGCCCACCGAGCCUUGGCUUCCAGUGACAAUCAAGACCACUCAGUGUCUCUGAGAGGACAGAUGGGGACUCCUGGCCCACAUGAGGCUCAGCAGGUGUGCGUUUCCUUCAAGCUUCAUCCUUCAGGAGAAACAGGCCGCCGGGGCAGUGGGAAGGGGGUCUGCUCCCAGGGUCAGGCUCCCUGGGCGGUGGGGACCCAGGCGGGCUCUGCAGCCGCCCCCAGCAAGCGCCUGGGAAGCAGCAUGCUCAGGUGGGCAGGUCAGGGCUGGCUAGGGCUGGGGUAGGGGCAGGGCAAGCACAGAGGUGAGGGAAGGGCUCUGGACCUGGGAGGGGAGAGGCUGAGAGAGCUGGGAGAGGCGGGGGAAGGGGAGCCUGGGAGCUCUGAGGAAGGGCAGGUGUGGACUGUCCUGAGGGGACAGCCCUGCAGGACCUUCCUCCGGGGCCCAGGGCAGGAGAUCUCAGGGGUCCAGGGUGCUUCCCUGUGCCUGGCCUGGCCCUGCCCUGAUGGGAUUUCCACCCCACCCCCGCCUGCCCUGCUCGGGGUCUCCAGCACUGCCCCCUUCAUAGCCUCAGGGCAUCUGAAAGGUUCCAUCUGCUUCCCCUGACACCCUUGGGCCCCCCUGCCUGCCUCUCCAGCGGCUUCCUCCAUCAUAAACGGCCAGAAAUUUCUCACUCUGGCUCCUGCUCCUUCCAGCACUUGCUUGAGAAAAGCUUCCCGGGAAACCAAGCCCAGGAACCUGAAGUGGGAGCGGGAAGUGGUGGCCCCUCCUCAGCAAAAAUUUCCAGAGGAUUCUGGCAGCAGUUUCCAUGGGAACACGUGCUGGUUAUAACACCAAACCUCAGGGGGGCAGGGUUCCCUCCCCCCCCCAGGACGGGCGGGGGGGGCGGGGGAGGCGGUGCUGGCAGUCGGCUGGGGCGCUUUGGGCCCUGGCCCUCUCAAACCUGAAGGCUAGUUAUAGGCAAAACCUGCUCUUUUUUUUUUUUUUUAAACACAUUCUAAUUUAAAGGCCAUGCUCCAUUCUAAGGAUGCCUCUGGGAUUUCAGGGAUGGAUUUUUAUGUAGUUCAAUAGUUUUCUUGGCAGACAGCUCAGCCAGGAGAGGUGGGCGGUUGCCUCAGCCCAGCCAGGCUGAGUGGUGUCUCUCUGUCCCUCCAGAAUGCCGGGGGAUGUCAUUUGCCCACCCAAGGGGGUUCCCCAACCCUGAAUUCAGACUUCAAGAGUUAGGGACGUGGGCAUGAGGGUGGAAGACCCUCCCUUCCUUGACCCGUGGUCAUAAUGAUGGCCUCUGAGCCUUGACUGAGCGUGGGUCGGGCCAUCCUCUCUGUGCUGGGUGUUAGCAUGUGUUUGUUGUGUGUGUCAGGUGACAGAGGCAUAUGUUAUGGUAAAACAUUAAAACUCCAGCAAAGUAAAUUUCCCUGUGAUGCACCUGCCACCUCCCAGCCUCCCCACCAAUCCCCUCCCCAGAGGUAACCAACUGGGUCAUCCAGGAGUGUUUUCUUCGCCGCUGUUUGCAUUGCAUCUAUGUACAUACGUGUGAGCAUGGAAAAUAUAUGGCGUCUGUGUGGGCUUCCGCACAGCUCGCGUGGAGCCGUUCCGUAGGUGUUGUUUGCACUCGCUUUGUGCGCGGGGCCCCACGUGGUGGGGAUCCGCCUGAGACAGCACGCCGGAGCUGCCAGACUCUAAUUACAGGGAAGGAUUCUGCAGAACGGAUGGAUCCUAAUUUAAUCAGGCCCCUAUCGAAGGCCUUUUCAGUUGUUUACGAUUUUUCAACCUCACAUAAGGUGCUGCAGGGAACAUCCUUGUAAGUGCCUCCCUGGACACAUCUGCAAAACUUUCUCUGCAGGAAAUGACUAAAAGGGAUUCCUGGGGCCCAGGGUGUGGAAAUUCACUGUUUUAGCAGACGCUGCCAGAUCUGAGGCACUGAGGCGGCGCUGGUUUCUGUUCCUCUGACUCUAUCUAGAGUCUCUCAUUUAAUCCGGAAAACAGCCCUGCGAAGUGGGGGGGCUGGUAGCCCGGUUUUACCAAAGCAGAAGCUGCCCUUCAGAGGGGCUGGCUGGCUACAGGUCACACAGCCCAGAAAGGGUGACACCCUCCAAAGGCCAGGGGAGGGAAGUGGGGGGGAGGCAGAAAGAGCCAUCGAGAGACUUGAUGGCCCCAGAACUAGGGAAGCCCAUGGAAGGACAAAACUCCUUCAGAGACGGCCUGUCAGCUUCACAUGCUCAUAUCCAAUGUCUCAGAAUUGUGUGUGUGGAUGUCCUCCUUCCCCCCUGGGGUCUCUCUCCUUGGGGAAAUGGAGGCAGGUCAGUAGAGGCCUCGGGGGUGGGCCUGGCUCCCGGCAGCCUGCCCGUUCCCAGGCACAGCAUGCCUGGAGGUGUGGGCUGCCUCUUAGAAGCUUUAUAAUCCAGGAUAAUGCUGCUGUAAUUGGCCUUGUUUUGCUUUUACAAUCCUCUCAUUACCUGAAAACCUACUUCGCAAAUGGCUGUAUCUGGGGUGGGUUUUAUUUUACCGCUUUGUGGACCUUGAAGGGCGAAAGAGCGUGGGCUCUCCUCACCCCCCCCCCGCCACCCCACAUGCCCCAGUCCCACUCCCCAGCGACUCUGGCUGACCUGGCCUUGGCUAAGGACACAGCCCUGCACCUGGCUCCCCACCAUGGGCCUGGGCUGAGCCAGGGCCUGCUCUUCUCCCCAGAACCCCCAGCCCCCAUCACACCCACCCAGCAGAGCCUCCCUCCAACCCCUCCUCCCAGCCCUUCCCAGUCUCUGCACCAAACUGAACUUUCUAUAGCACAGACCUGGCCCUUUCACCCUCCUCUCAAAUCCCUGCACUACCCCAUAGUUAUGGUCAAUUUGUUGCAAUAAGGGAGCCAAGAUCAUUCAAUGGAGAAAGAAUAGUCUUUUCAAUAUAUACAGUGCUGGGAGAACUGGACCUCCACACACUGAGGAUGAAGCUGGACCCCGACCUCACACCCUAUACCAAACCUCGCUGUGCCUUCUUCCAUGGGCCACAGGAUCGAGGUUCGACCCCUUAGCCCUGCACUCGGCUCUUACAACCCCUUGAUUCUUUCAACAUUUGUCCUGCUCCGACUGUGUGCCAGGCCCCUUGCUGGGGCUGGGAUAAGAGACGGAGGAUGCUUCUGCUGCAUCCCAAGAUGCCAAACUCCCCACCUCUGAGCCUGUGUUCCUCCCAUUCUCUCUGCCAAGGCCCUGCACCUUUGCCUGAGGAGUUCCUGCUAGAAUGCCACCUCCUCCAUGAAGUCUUCCUGAAACCCAUUCUCCCCCAAGCAGUUUCUUCAAUCCUUCCCUUGCUCUUUCCUUCCCUGAAUCAAUUCCAUCUCCCCAGGAAGCCCUGAGCUUUCCAGCAGGCAGACACCUUAUUUGCCUCUCUUUGUCCUGACUCCUAGCAGGGGCUCAGAAGCCUUUUGUUACAAGAAAUAAAUGAAUCUUUUCCUUUCCUGGUAAUUCAGGAAAGGAAGUU